UUGUGUUUGUACCAGGCAUAACUAUCAAAAAUUUGUCGAAAACUGGUCGCAAGACAACCGUUAGCAUGGCCGUGAUCCACAAAGUCGCCAUAUUCGGUGCCUCGGGCAACUUCGGUGCUCCCAUCACCGCGGCGCUCCUCAAGGCCAACUUCGACAUAACUAUCAUCUCGCGCACCGAGUCCCCUUCUACCUCCCCACCAAACACAUCCGUGCUGAAGAUCGCAUACACCCUCGAGGGCCUCACAGCAGCCCUGCAGGGCCAAGACGCUGUGGUCAACGUCAUAGGCCCCGGCGGCAAGGACGUGCAAGACACCAUCACCGAUGCCGCGGAGGCUGCGGGCGUGAAGCGACUGAUUGUCAAUGACUUUGGCUGGGGGGCGAAUAUCCGAGGCUUACCUGAGUUUCGAGAGGUUCAUGACAUGCGUAUGGCUUCCUGGGAGCAUGCGAUGCAGAUGAGCGCGCAGAACGGAUCUUUUACGUGGACGGGGAUCAGUAUUGGAAAUCCUAUAGAUUGGGCCAUGGCAAAAUUCCCUACGAUGGGGUUUGACAUGAAGAAUUCGUCGGCAACCAUCUACGACCAGGGCGAGGAGCGCUUCACUGGCACAACGCUGCAGGGCAUCGGGCAGAGCGUCGUGGGCGUUCUGCAGCACCCCGAUGAGACAGCCAACAGAUUCGUCAAGGUCAUGUCCGUCAUGACCUGCCAGAACGAGCUCCUGCGGGCCCUGGAGGCAGCUACGGACAAGAAAUGGGCUGUUGAGCAGUCCACGACCAGCGCGCUGAUGGAGCGGGGCCGUGCGAAGCACCGGGAUGGAGACCGCGGGUGGGUGCUGGAUCUGGUUGUCGCGCAGCUUCUUGAUGAGGGCCAGGCGCGCUGCGUCGUGGCACCUUCGAGGGAAGAGGCAGACUCGGAUUUGCUGGGGGUGGAAGCCGAGAGCGUGGAGCAGGUGGUGUUGAAGGCUCUUGAACUGCGCGAUGUAGUCUGA